AUGGGAAACGGGCAUAUUCCAGCAACAAAAAAAGAAAGCGAGGAUGAACUGACAUGGAUAGAAAUACCCGAGGACUUACUUAUACAGGGAGACGAUCCUAUUGCUGCAUUGGUGGAAGAGGUGUACCCAGAAAUUUUGCACAGCCACAUGGACCCAAAGUACCUCCAACAACGGGCCAUACUUGCUCCAAAAAAUGAAACAGUUGACAAGAUCAAUGGAUACAUACUCCAACUGAUCCCAGGAGAGGAAAUAACCUACAAGAGCGCAGACAGAAUCUUCCCAGCAACAACAGGUGGGAGAAAUGUGCAAUCACUAUUGAACCAUAGAAUCAUUGAAGCACAAGUUGUCACUGGAAUAAAUGCGGGCGACAUGGUCAGCAUUCCACGAGUAGAAAUGUCACAAUCAGAUUCAAAAUGGCCAUUCAUCUUAAAGCGUCGGCAGUUCCCAAUCAAAGUUUGCUUCGCAAUGACAAUCAAUAAGAGUCAAGGACAAACAUUCGACCAUGUGGGAAUAUACUUGCCAGAACCAGUAUUCAUCCAUGGCCAACUAUAUGUUGCUGUAUCCAGAGUCACUACACGGAGUGGACUCAAAAUCUGCAUCCCAAGAACAAGCACCGAUGAUCAGCAAACUGGAAAAAAAAAUGUGGUUUACAAAGAAAUAUUCAAUGAUCUUUAA